CGUGGCAUCGGGGUCCUGACGGUGUGAAGAACGUAAGAGGCCGAACCGCUCCCCUACUGCUAAGCGAAACAUAGUCCUCGCGGCCGGCGGCUCUCUGAGAGGAAAAGAAGUGAGCCAAAGAGAGCCUAGGGACGCGCGCCGGGCUUUUCGAGCACCCGCGGGUCCUGUCGCUGACUUAACCGGCCCGGGAAGCGGGGCGGCGGCUGUGUCAAGCGGCGGAGGAAGACGAGAGCGAAGGGUGUGUGCGGCCCGUAUAUUGCCCGCCUAGAGAGGCUUGAAGGGGAGUGGGCGGGGGUGGGGGGGAGAGUGGAAGUAGUUCCGGCAGCACCUUGGCCGUGUUGCCUAAAAAUAGCGCCCCGUGGAUAUCCGUGCGCCGGUGUCAGUGCCUCCGGAGGAGCGUCAGUUAGGGAGGCGGCGGCAGGAGCAGCGGAGGAAGAAGAAGGAGGCGGCGGCGGCGGCGGCGGCGAGAGAGGAAGGAAAGAGGCAAACGGGUACAGGAGGCAGAAAAUGAAAAUGGGAGGAAGCAGCAGCUUUUCAGAAUGUGAAUAUGCUUUCGUUACAACUGCACAGUGCAUGGUCGUGGAAAAGAAUUUAGGCUUUAGUCCUGGAAGACAACUAUCUAUCAUGUGCUAGGAUACAAAGUUUGUGGAUACUUUUACUUGUGUGCUUCUGGAUUAUAAAGAAGGAAAGUGAAAAUGGGGAGGAAGAAAAUACAGAUCACAAGAAUAAUGGAUGAACGGAACAGACAGGUGACCUUCACAAAACGGAAGUUUGGAUUAAUGAAGAAAGCCUAUGAACUGAGUGUGCUUUGUGACUGUGAAAUAGCACUCAUCAUUUUUAACAGUUCUAACAAACUCUUUCAAUAUGCCAGCACGGAUAUGGACAAAGUUCUACUCAAGUAUACAGAAUACAACGAACCCCAUGAGAGCAGAACCAACUCUGAUAUUGUCGAGGCUCUGAACAAGAAGGAAAACAGAGGGUGCGACAGCCCGGACCCUGACACUUCAUAUGUGCUCACGCCACAUACAGAAGAAAAAUAUAAAAAAAUUAAUGAAGAGUUUGAUAAUAUGAUGCGGAAUCAUAAAAUCGCACCUGGGUUACCUCCACAGAACUUCUCAAUGUCGGUCACUGUUCCUGUGUCCAGCCCCAAUACUUUAACCUACAGUAAUCCUGGGAGUUCCCUUGUAUCCUCAGCACUGGCAGCAAGUUCUACCUUGACAGACUCUACCAUGCUGACCCCUCCUCAAGCCUCAUUGCAUCGAAAUGUGUCACCAGGAGGUCCUCAGAGACCACCAAGUACAGGCAGUGCAAGUGGUAUGCUGUCCACAACUGAUCUCUCGGUGCCAAAUGGAGCUGGUUCGAGCCCAGUGGGAAAUGGUUUUGUGAAUUCACGAGCUUCACCAGGCCUGCUUAGCAGCACCGGGGGUGGGAAUGGCCUAAGCAAAGGGAUGCCUACAAAAUCUCCCCCUCCCCCUGGCGGGGGCAACCUUGGAAUGAACAGUCGCAAGCCAGACCUCCGGGUUGUCAUCCCUCCCUCUAGCAAAGGCAUGAUGCCUCCAUUGUCGGAGGAGGAUGAAUUGGAGUUGGUGAGUCUGGGUUCCUAUUUGAACACACAGCGGUUAAGCAGCUCUCAGUCUACGCAGUCUCUUGCAACACCAGUUGUGUCUGUGACAACUCCAAGCUUGCCCCCACAAGGAUUGGUGUACUCUGCAAUGCCUACAGCUUACAACACUGAUUAUUCCUUGACUAGUGCAGACCUGUCAGCCCUGCAGGGUUUUAACUCCCCAGGAAUGCUGUCAUUAGGACAAGUAUCUGCCUGGCAACAGCAUCAUCUAGGACAAGCAGCCCUCAGCUCCCUUGUGACUGGAAGCCAGUUAUCUCAGGGUUCCAACUUAUCUAUUAACACCAACCAAAACAUUAACAUCAAGUCCGAGCCAAUUUCGCCUCCUCGAGACCGGGUGACCCCAUCCGCGUUCCCCCAGCAGCAGCAGCAGCAACAACAGCAGCAACCUCAGCAACAAUCACGUCAGGAAAUGGGCCGCUCUCCCGUCGACAGUCUCAGUAGCUCCAGCAGUUCGUACGAUGGCAGCGACCGGGAGGACCCGAGGAGUGACUUCCACUCGCCGGUUGGACUGGGAAGGCCCCCCAAUUCAGAAGACAGAGAGAGCCCGACCGUAAAGCGGAUGAGAAUGGAUACUUGGGUGACAUAAGCUUCCCAUUCUCCCUUUCUCCCUUCCGUUUCUACUUUUGAGUUAUCCCAAUGGACAGUCCUGACAUAUCUAAAUUUAUAAAUAAGGACAUGAAAGAAAUAUUUAUAUGUAUAUACAUACAUGCAUAUAUAUAAAUAUAUAUAUCUUUGUAUACAUAUACAUGUGUGAGUGUGUGAAGCAAGGCACACAUACUCUCUCUUUCUCUCCCUCACACACAAAAUCAGCAGGCACUUAAAUACCAACUCCUCCUAUAGCUGCAGAUGCCCCGUGGUUUUUAAAACACAGUAUAACAGAAAAGAACCCUUCCUAGGUAUUGGUCUAGUCUGGCACUUAACCUGGACUUUGCUCCUUGAAUAAUGUAACCUGUUUUGCAAAAUAAAUGUCGUACCCGUAUGUAAUCUACCAAACUAGAUGGCCGAGGCGUGAGGGCUCGCCUGUAGUCGUGUUCCUGUGUGUGUGUGUUUUCCAACAGCCGUACUGUCCCCUGUAGUUAAGAGUACGCUUUGUAGCAGCAGAGCCGUAGAAAAAGAAAGCAAUACUGUACAUAGAAUGACCUUUAUAUUACCCAAUCAAGCAUGGGUCUCUCUCUCUCUUACGAAAGGGUGCAUGGAGAAGGGCUGGCAAUGUUGAAAACAAAACAAGAAAACCCCAACACCUGUAUUUGCACGUGCAAAACUAUACUGGGUCAAAUUAAGGGUAUCCCCCUUUUUUCCCUUUUACCAAGUGUGAAAGAGAGACACAAAGAACGUGCAUGGAAUAUUCAAAAGAUAUUAGACUAGAAGAUAGUCCGUAAAGAAAAUUUUAAUAUAUUAAGUUAUAAUUGGAAAAUGUUUGAAAUCUUUCUUACGUUCCCCCUACCUUUUUAAAAAAAUAGAGAAAAACAAUUUUAGCUUGUGUAUAUUUUUUAUUAAAGAAACCAUACCCUUCUCUAAGACUAUAUAGAAAGUUAUAUACAGUACUUUUGAACACAUUCUGCUAUGAAUUAUUUAUAUAAGCCAAAGCUGUAUGGUGUCGCGCUUUUUUUUUUGUAGAAUAUAGUUUUGUUUUUUGAUUGUCUAUUUUUUUGGUCUUUUGUUUUUAGGGGAGGAAGGAAAAAAAAAUCUUGCAGGCAGAACCUUGGGGAAAAAUAAGCCAUGAAUACUUAUUAUUCUAUAUGUAAAUUUAAAAUUUGAGCCAAACUUUGUGUAUAUAGCAUCUUAAAUAUAUUAUCACCUUUUGGUGUAAGUACCUAUGUAUUGUACGUUCGCCAGAUUAAAAAAGUAUAUUUUUGUGGAUUGACGCCAACUUGAAGAAAAAAAAAGGCGAGGUCCUUAUUAAGUAGAGUAUUCACUGUUUAAUAUUUACUAUUUUGUUCAAUAUACUGUACUUCCUUUUGGAUUUUAAUUAAUAUUAUCCAGAUUUUUUCAGAGGGUGUUUAAAAAGGGGCUGUUCCCCACUCACUGGUGGUGAAUGUGUGUUAAAACAUUUUUGUGCUGUAUGGUAAGGCUUCAUAAUACAUUUUAUAAAUAUAUAUAUACAUAUAUGUGUAUAUAUAUACAUAUAUAAAUAUAUGUAUAUAGAUAGCAAAGUGAUACCCACCCUUCCAAUCCCAUCCAGAAAACCUGGUGUUAAGUUCAUCCUGCAUAAAUAGAAAAUAAAAUGCAUUUGGGGGGGGGGUAAAGGCUGUGGGUUGUUGCCAAGGUUAAUCAUACUCAGAGUUCACUGGUUUGAAAUUGACAUGGCUGACUUUAAAGUCAACUAAUUUCAGUGGGUCUAUCCUGAGUAGAAUUAAGGUGGUUACAACCUGUUAUUUUAAAACUGCCUCUUUGGGGGUGGGGAAGAUUACCUUAUUGUUCAUGCUGAAGUAGCAGAAACAUACAUCAGAAGCAAAAAAUAAAAGGGUUUUGAAGUGGUGUGUGGGUUGGGGACAAAGUGUUUCAGAAGUUUCCUUUUCUUAAUGCUCGGUAUCCUUUAAAUCAGAGCACCACCUCAAGUGAUGUGGCUGGUCAGUGCUUUGCAUGUGUGGCGGGUAGGGGGCGCUGAUUCUACAAUCGCAGCUUGAGAGCUCUGCUUCUCAUGAUACCUGUGGAAACAACACGUUUUCUGAAACAUCUAACUGCAGGGAGCAACAGUAGGCCAGCAGAUCCCUGUGGCAUGUUUACAUAACCAAACAUGUUUUGUGAUGCAUAUUUGAGUAUGUACAUGCUACAUCUUUAGGGCCAAACUAGAUAUGGUGCUGAACGUGUCCUUGCAUUUUGAUGUGCACACGUUUUAAAGCAGGCGUCGGCCAGGCUUACCGGGCAUGGGCCGGAUCACUCCCAUGGAGAUCCUUCUUGGGCCGGGCCGGUGCAGUGCAAUGCCGGAAAUCACAUCUGUGCAUGUCCGCGGCGCCGGAAAUUGUUUCUGUGCAUGCCCAGACACCGAAAAUCAUGCCUGCACAGAAGUGAUUUCCGGCAUCUGGGCAUGCGCAGAAGCGAUUUCUGGUGCUGCAGACAUGCACAGAAGCAAUUUCUGGAGCCGGGGAAGAGAGUCCCUGCUGUGCUGGUUUAGCGUAGCACGCGGGGACUCGCCUAGUGGGCAGCUCGGUUCGGGGGUGGCUCAUGGGCCGGUUAAAUGGUCUCCAUGGACUGCUUCUGGCCCAUGGGCCGCUGUUUGGGGACCCCUGUUUUAAAGCAUUCAAAUUGGUAGAGGUAGGAUUUUAAACCCCUCUCUCCUGUUGCAGUUCUUGACUCUUCCAAAGCUGCUGUUUGCAUUAGGAGAAGUGCUCCCAUUGAUAUUUAUUAUUAUUAUUCUUUAUUAAAUUUGCAUACCACCCUUCAUCCGAAGAGCCCAGGGUGGUUCACAACAGAAAAAUACAAAAUGAGAAUACAAAAUCUAUAAUAAAGCAAAAACAGGUGCAUUUAAAGUUUAAUAUACUGUUGCAUUUGGCUUGGUCUUAAUGAGCAUAUAUUGGCCGUGCAUGCCAAAGUAACACAUGCAGUAGCUGAACUAUCCCCCCCCAAAGCCCUUAACCUAUUAUAGGAGAAAGUAAAGCCUUUGUUACUUAGAAAUCUGGAUUUAAAACAACCUAAACUCUCUCUAACUUUUGGCAAAAUAUCAAUAAAACUAAGCAAGAGCCAAGAGUUGAAUAGGAGCUCUCAAUUUAUUUUUUCUGUAAUAUAUCCUCAAGUGGCUACCUUAGUUAUUUAUUUUUAAAGAUAAGCAAGGUAUGGGCAAAACUAUGCCCUGUAUAAUUCAUUUCACCUAUAAUUCUUCCCCACCUUAUGUAAAAAUUGUACAAACUGGUGGUGGAUUAUGUGCUUUAUAGCUGGCUCCGGUUUAGUUUUCAUUAAGGGUUCUGUAAAUGCAUAAGCUUCUAGGAUCUCUCUUUCUUAGAAGCAUUUUGAGGAACUAAUGCACACUAGGUACUGUUACUUCUGUCUGGAUAGGGUAGAGCAGAAAAUGUCCCAGUGGUCUGUCAGCUUCCUCCCUCCCCCCCCUCCAAAAAAAAUCACACUUAACACAGAAACCACACCACUGCUUCAUAGAUCCUUUUGAUGCUUCGGAUUGGUAUGAUUCUCCUGCACUAUUUAUGCACCUACAUGAACUUUGCUGUACAUUUGAAUGGGAGUUCUUCAUUUCACAUUUACUGUCUGAUUUCUUGUGUGCCUUAAUGAGAUGGCUUUGCUGACUGUAUCCCAAUAGUCUCUUAUUCCUAUGCAGGUUUGUAACGAGUUACAUCAACUUUUUCCCCCGUUAAAAAAAGAAAAGAAAAAUAUAUAGUUUUGGCUUUGUACUUGAAUCGAGCCGGCCAAUUUUCUUUCUUUCUUUCUUAAAGAAAUAAUAAUAAUCCGUUCUUAGGGUCAGACUGUUAACUUUCAGCUAAUCUCCUUGUUCCAGGAUCAGGUCCUAUCCAUUGUCUCCUGCAAAAGAGCUUUACAUCAUGAAAACAAAACAUGCUGACUUUUUUUAUAUAAUUAACACUAAUAAUGUAACUCUAGAUGUUUUGAAAGUCUUACACAGUGGUCUUAGAGAUAAAGAUAGUUGCAGCAGGGCAGAGGAUUGUGUGUGUGCGCAGCUCUGUCCUGUACUUUGGCAUGGGAGCGAGUCAGUGUUUCUAUGCUGUCAUUUGCUAUUCCUUCGUACCAAAUACUAGAUUUUGCACUGAAGCACCUGGCCCCAUAACGGCCCAGAAUGCCUUUAGGCUGGUACACUGAUGAGCCCCCUUCCCCAGGCCCACUGCACUGCUCCAUUGAAUAAAAACCUUAAUAUUGCAAGGCACAAAGUUAAAAGUCACUUAGCAGUAUGCUCCCCCCCCCCAACUGGUAAAAUGUUGUUGCGCAAGAGAAUUCGUAAGCAGGUUGCUUGUAAUUUGGUUGUGCAAUAGAUUGCGACGUCUGUUGCGAACAAGUUUCUGCUAGCGCAACUGCUGCAUCAAAUUCCACCUGCUAGCACCAGAAACUUUGUGCUAGUAGACAGAGCAUGGGGUACAGCCCCAAGUGUUGUAGCUAAUGUGGCAGCAGAGGCUUUUGAGGGUCCCACUUUGGCCAGAGUCUCAAACAAGCUCCAGUUUCUGAGCAAAAGUACCUCAUGCUUCUUAGAAAACCAUUUUUUGCAAUAUGAAGGGAGUUACGCUAUAUCAUUGCAGGGCAGAGGUCGGGGAGACAGAAGAAGGUGCUAUUUAAACUUGCUGAAAAAUCAUACUGGGCGCCUGCAGGUCCUUUGCUAUGCCCAAAGUAGCUUUAUAUCUCUCAGUCCCCUUAAGCCCAAGGUUUUUAGGGCAACUGUUUUAAGCCAUUCCAGAUGUGAAGGGAAAUACAUGGUGUGGUUUCUGCGUCAGGGGAAUUGUUGCUUGGAAGAGCUCCUGUGCCACACUCCCCAUUUGGGAGAAACUGCCACGCCGGUCCUGUUAGCUUUUCAAAUGCAGGGUGCUUUGGGCUGGGAAGUGCUUUCAAAGAAGCGACAAUCUCAACCUCUUUCCUUAACAGGUUCUGAGGUGCUACUGGCUCUUUAAGAGGGCUGUACCAAUCUUGCUAAGAUUCAGCUUUUGCAAAUUCAACAGCAGCUUGUACAAUGAAGCUAUUCAAAGACACGCACCCCUUUUAUUUUUAGAACCAUGGAAUAUUGUGACAGUAAAAAUAAAUAAAGUGUAAGUAGAAUCAAUGGCAUUUUAAUUGAAGGUUGCAAUUGGAUUAAAUCUUGUGCAAAUCCAGAUUGCUAGAAUUGGGGUCAAAUGUUGCAUAUGGUGGACAUAGCAAUACUGACUUGUUCGUACCUGGUAUCUCUCUUUUUUAAAAAAGAAGUAAGGCAUGUUGGAAAUGCUUUAGCCUUUAAACUAUAAAGGACACUAAUGCAUUGACAAGUCUACUGUGCGCACAAGAAAUAUAUAGUAAAUAAGGAACAUAAAUGACUCCUGCCAAAUCAACCAUGGGAAGAAGUUUAAAAUUUAGAAUGUGAAAAGACUUUAAAAAAAAAUAUUGGGAAAUUUCCUCACUUUGCUGUGCAAGAAAACACUGCUUUGCUAUAUUUAAAAAGAAAAGCUUUUUUUAAAAUAAGAAAAAAAUAUAUGUAUUUGGUAAAUGUUUGUAGUCAACAGUUCACAGACGAAGCUGUUUGCGGUUAAAGCCGUCUGGCGGCACAAGCUGGACUUUGUUGCCAUCUUUGAGACGAAUCUUUAAGAAAAAAAAUUAAGUUAAUCUUUUUCCCUGAAUGUGGUGUUUUUUUCUUCAUUAUACAAUAAAUAUUCUAGUGAACUUUUUAUCAAAUGGUUAAGAAAAUGCUAGAAGUUGUUGUAAAAUAUUUGUAUCUUGCAUUCACUAAAGUAAAAAUACUGGCUUUUACUGUGUA